UGUGAUAUGUUGAUAUUUUCGGAACAUUGCUACCCCCGUAUCCCGUUGUUGUGCCGAGAGCAUACCUGUAAUAUAAUGUAUAUAUAUACUCGUAUCGUGUAGCGUUAUAUUUUUGAAAGCAUUGAUAAUUCAGUGAUGCGUCGAUUAUAUAAAACAUUUAUAUUUCUAUAACAUACUGAUAACGUGUGUGUAACAUAUAGUGUAUAUGGAGUGGGUCAACAUUUACUACUUUAAAGGUUGUCUCAAAGUGGAAAGAGAAAGAUUUCCUUAUAAGAUAUAAAAAGAAAAUGGCAUCAUCGAGUGUAGAUAUAUGCACACUCUGCAAGGAGGAUGAUAUAUCCAGUAAUGCAAUCACCUGGUGUACAGAAUGUGAUGUUUUUCUUUGUACAGACUGCGAAAAACAUCACAAAAGAUCAAAAGCAUCUAAAGAACAUAGUACGAUGCGUACUGUUGAUUAUCACAAAUUACCACGAUUUAUGCUGGAAACGAGCAACCGGUGCCAAGACCAUGACAAAAGGUACGAACUUUAUUGUGCUUUCCAUUCAUGUCCUUGCUGCAUUCAUUGUAUCGCCAAUAAACACCAAAAGUGUCAAGACCUGAAACCCCUUGAUGAUAUUUUGAAAGAUUUCAAAUCAUCUGCUGCCGUUCCGUUACUUAAAAAAGAUUUACAAGAUUUGAGAGAAAGUUUCGAAGAAGUAUUGAAACACUUAAAAGACAAAAUCAAAACAAUCCAUAUUCAAAAAAUAAAUGGCAUUCAAGAGGUAAGGACAACGCGCAAAUUACUAAAUGAUUACUUCGACAAAUUAGAGAAGGAAAUCCUUACCGACUUAGAAUCACAACAUUCGAAAUUGGCAACAGACAUGGAGGCACUGGUUCAACAAACGGAAAACCGCGCAGAACUGAUUGAACAAUUACAGGAAGACUUUUCUACUAUGACUAAGCAUGCAACUGAAGUGCAAACAUAUAUCGGCCUGCGUGAAAUCGAAAAAACUACAUCACAAGCAACAAAAUACUUGGAUGAGUUAGAGAGUAGCAGCCAGUUCAAUGAUGUGGAGAUAUCCGUUUCUUCUACUGUAAAGUCCAUUUUACAAGAUGUCAAAUCCUUUGGAAAUAUAUCUGUCAAAUCAUCAAGGAAAAUUUUCCAAACCAAGACUGGAAGAAAAGAUCAAGCCCAAAACUUAGUUCCAAUGGUUCACGGAAUAGAGCAAAUCAAACCUUCGCUUUUGAACACAUUAAGAGUUCCGGAAGGUGAAAUCCUUCAAACAAUGACCAGUCGUAUACUACCGGAUGGUACAUUAUUACUUUUUCAUGACAAGGAGAAUAGCAUGAUUCAGUACAAUAGUGAUGGCACCUUAAUGAAAGAGCUGAUGACAUUCGAAGAAGAACCAUAUGAUUUAUGCUUUGUUAAGGAUAAUACAGUUGCUGUCACUUUUUAUGGAGCUACAAAGUUGCUGCUGGUUGACGUAGAGAAAAUUCAACUUUUAAAAACCAUUAAACUUGCUUAUAACGGUUACGGAGUUGCAAGUGAUGGUGAGGUUAUCGUAAUCAGCCAUAAAGGGGAUAGCAAAAUCAUGAUACUGAACCUAAAAGAAAUGACCGAAGAAUUUUUAGAAGAAAUUUGUGUCCAUCGUAUUUCACUGUUUAACGGGAAAAUUUAUGGCACACAUUAUUAUGAUAACAGAGUUGACUGCUACAGCAUAACUGGUGAACAUCUAUGGGCAUUUAAUCACGAGGAUAUAUAUCAACCAGAGGGAAUAGCAGUAGAUAUGAACGGGUUUGUUUAUAUAACUUCUCGUGGGGAAAAUAUAAUCGUGGUCCUGUCAUCCGAUGGUAAAACAAUUAGAACUGUUUUGUGUGAGGAGGACGGAAUCAUGGAACCGUGUGCAAUUGACAUCAACAAAGAAUUAGAAAUUAUGCUUAUUACUUGUUUAGUGGAUAACAAGGGUGGUGCUUUCAUUUUCAAAAUAUAAAAAUACAAUCUAAGACAUUAAAAAAGAUAUUGAAAGAUGAACUUUAAUACCAUGAUGUGUGUGUAUAUAAACAAAUAAAAUUAGAAAGU